GCGGGGCCGGACAAGUCACACGUGGCUCAGGUGACGCAGCGGACGGAGCGGAGAUCGGGAGAGUCGCAUCGCCAUGAGACUGGGCGGGGCGCUGCGGCCUGGCUGGACUGGUCACAUGACUCUCUACAGGUGACAUCAUCGCCACAAGAUCCCGACAUGAACGGUAGAAUCCAAUCCGGAGAAAUGGCGGAGAGCGGCAACAUCACCGACCUCUUCCACGAGGACGCCCAGGUGUCCCAGCUUCAGUCUCAGCCCUGGUGGAAGAUCCAGCUGUUUGUCUGGGAACCGGUUCUCUUCGGGACGUGGGAUGGCGUGUUCACAUCCUGUAUGAUCAAUAUCUUUGGGGUGGUUUUAUUCCUCCGCACCGGCUGGCUGGUGGGUAACACCGGCAUCCUCCUCGGCAUCUUCCUGGUGUCCUUCGUCAUCCUGGUGGCGCUGGUGACGGUGUUGUCGGGAAUCGGCGUGUGUGAGCGAUGCAGCAUAGGCAAUGGCGGUGUAUACUCCAUGAUCUCCACCGUCCUGGGGGGGAAGGUUGGAGGAACGGUGGGACUCCUCUACAUAUUCGGCCAGUGUGUUGCAGGCGCCAUGUACAUCACCGGCUUCGCCGAGUCCAUCUCCGACCUCCUCCACCUGCAGAGUACCUGGGCCGUGCGCGGAAUCUCGCUGGCUGUGCUGCUGGGAUUGCUCGGCAUCAACCUGGCCGGAGUCAAGUGGAUCAUUCGGCUGCAGCUGCUGCUCCUCUUCCUAUUGGCCGUCUCCACCCUGGACUUCGUGAUUGGCUCCUUCUCCCACCUGGAUCCAGGGCACGGCUUUGUCGGAUAUUCGGAGGAAUUGCUGCGGAAUAAUACUCUUCCUGAUUACUCUGCCGGAGAAACUUUCUUCACCGUGUUUGGCGUAUUUUUUCCGGCUGCGACAGGUGUCAUGGCCGGCUUCAACAUGAGUGGAGAUCUGCGCCGACCGUCUGUCAAUAUCCCAGUCGGGUCGUUGGCCGCCAUCACCAUCUCCUGGUUCCUCUACGUCGUCUUCGUCUUCUUGUUGGGCGCCACCUGCGCUCGGGAGUUCCUGCGCUAUGAAUUUAUGAUCGCUGAGAAGGUUUCCCUGGUGGGCUUCCUCUUCCUCAUCGGCCUCUACAUCUCCUCGCUGGCGUCCUGCAUGGGCGGUCUGUACGGCGCUCCCAGAAUCCUCCAGUGCAUAGCGCAGGAGAAGGUCAUCCCCAUCCUCUCCUUCUUGGGACACGGAAGAGGACCCAACAAGACCCCGGUGGCGGCCAUCUUCCUGACUGGCCUCCUCACGAUGGCCUUCGUCUUCGUUGGCCAAGUCAACAUCUUGGCGCCGAUUGUUACAAUCAAUUUCAUGCUGACGUACAGCGUCGUGGAUUACUCGUACUUCUCGGUGACCAUGACCUACAAUCUCCAGCGCUGCUACAAGGUGGUCCGCCAAGCCGCCCCCAAGACACCCAGUCCAUCUCAGCCUCUGAUCCUUGACAAGUCCACCAGCUAUGGGUCAAAUGGGACCUUGCUGGCGUUCACCAAGGACAUGGACCAGCUCUUUAAGGAGGGCCAUACAGAGUCCACAAAGACUCCAGAUAAGAAAGAGAAGAAUUUCAUGAAACUUAUGAAGUCCAGGAAACCCGCCAAGCAGACCUUGCAAGAUAGUUUCCAGUUGGACUUAAAGCUGAACACUGACCUUGAGGGUCCUACGGCCAACAGGACAGUCGAGGAGAAGGAGAACGGGGCAGUGGCCAAAACGGCAGAUUAUGGGAAUACAGACCAGGCAGCCAAUGAGGGCAGGAGCACACCUGACCAGGCAGCCAAUGAGGGCAGGAGCACACCUGACCAGGUCCGGGAGGACGGUGGCACCACUGAUGAGGGCCGGGAAGACCGUGAAGCUGGUGAAGACCCAUUGGACAACCAGGGAGAAGCAGGGCAAUGUAUGUGUGAUGAGGAGGAGUAUGUCGAGGGGACCGAGGAUCGGGAGAAGCUCUUCACAGAGGUCCAUCAGCCGGGAGCCGAGGAGAGAGAAGAUCCCAGCCAGAAGCAGAAGGUUCCGGAGUUUGAGAUCCAGAGUCUGUCCUCGUCCUUCUACAGCAAGCUGUGCAAUCACUGGGUGUCCUUCAUCGGGGCCAUCCUCUCUCUGGUCAUCAUGUUCAUCAUUCAGUGGAUCUACGCUCUGGUGAAUAUCGGGGUGGCCAUCAUUCUCUACUUCUACAUUGGCAGGGUGAGCCCGGGUCUGAACCCAGGGGCGGCUGCAAAUUUCAGCUUCUUUGUCUGGAUACGGCAGUCGGCUGCAACUAUCUGCAGGCGGAAGCCCUCUCUGGGGGAGCGGUAUGUGGUGACCCCAACAUUCGCCUCGGUCGGGAUGGAGACCACGCAGCUGACGGAGGAGAACGAGGACUUUGCCUCUCGCGGUCGCUUCCACCACUCGUCUGUCAUCAGCAGAGAACAUUUCAUCAACCAGUUUGACUAAACCCCCCCGGGACCGCUGACCGGCGAGGAGUGCGUACAGCACGCUAAGCCAAGAUCCGGGGACCCCGCGCUGCAUGAAGCUGCAUCCCUGGAGCUCGUGAGAGGUGCGGUGAAGACGUGGCGUGACCGCCGCAUGGGCUGCUGUUACAGACU